AUGCGUGAAAAUAUGUUAAAAAUGCAGCGAUUCGAGGACAAUGAAGAGUGGAUGUGAUGAGCAGUGUUAGGAGUUGGCUGAGAUUCAAGUUUGGCAGCAAUGUACUUUGAUGAUGGCAGCCUAUGAUAAAAGUAUCGUUGCAAAAAACGGGUGCAGGAACGCAGUAGAGAGUUUAAUGCCAAAAGAAAAUUAAAAGAAGAUUCGAAGGCACGAAGCGCGAGGCGCGAGGAGGCUUUUAAGCAGGCAAAAUCGGACGAGGAACAAAUGAAAAUGGAGAUGGAAAAAUUAGAAAAGGAAGGAGAAAAAUUAUUCGAAAAAGAGGCUUUGAUACAAAAACAACAGAUACAAAAGCAGGUACAAGCAGUUGAUAAAAAGAAAUAUAGACCUGGACCCGCCAUUAAUAACGAGCAUCCUGCCGGGGACUUUCCGUAUUGGUGGAAGAGAGGUAAACGACGAGAUGCAAUCAAAAGACAAGAGGAGUUUAUGGCCUUUCUCUAUAAGUUGUCUUCUUUUAAGUUUUAUAAGUUGAACUCAUUAUUAUUUGGGACCGAAACGAGGAAGAGGAAGAGGAGGGGCCGCAACGCUACCAAGUAGCUUAUCCGGAGUUUUACGUCUUAAUAAACUUUCGAUUAAAAUAUCUCAGGAACUAAAGCCGUAAUCAAAAAUCUAACGGCACUUUUCUCAUACAAUGUGGAUGCAAGCUUUCGAUUGCGACCAAUUUGAAUAAGAUUGGUGCAGUCAAUCCUGAGGUAUGAUAAUCGUAUCGA